AUGAAGCUUUUUUCAAAUUUGAUCGGAUUUUUGAUCGCAGAGAAUAAAGCAAGGCGGCCGAAUGUGAUCCUGAUAAAUUGCGACGACUUCGGAAUCGGCGACUUCCAGAUCUAUAACAAGGCGGCGAAAGUACCAACGCCGAAUAUAGACAGACUGGGAAAAGAGGGAAUCAAGUUUCUUGAUGGACACAGUGCUUCAAGUCGAUGUGCACCAAGUAGGUACGGGCUCAUGACCGGAAGGUACAAUAUGGAGGACAGUGAAUUCCGAAAAAUUCUUCCAAAUGAGCCGCAGCUCGCGAAGAUGUUCAAAAAGAAAGGAUACAAAACAGGAAUCUUCGGGAAGGAACAACCGCUAAGCUUCAAUCUGAAAAAUCGCAACGCUACUGCGGAAGACUACAGAGAAACCAGACGACUUGACAAUGAGUUCAAGGAGAAAAUGGCCGAACUUGGAAGAGGUUUCCCCAGGUUGCGUACAGCCAACAGAGUUCCCGGGAUUUACGAGAUGGAAAUCGGCCCCCAAGAUCACCAGUACGAUUACUCCUUCACGCAUAGCUUCAUGUGUUGCCAGCCUGGCGGCUUCUACGAGAAUGGAAAGGGAAUCGAACCAGUCGACACCUGGGUCAAGCAGCACCCCUACCCAGAACAUACUCCAAAAGACGUCAGUCCUUUCAAUCCUGAAUGGGGUGGCUGCAGCACUUUCCCCGUCACAGGUUACAUGGGCGGUCCCGGGCAGUCCGAGAAAUUCGAUGAGGAAACGGAUGAUCUCCCAAUUUACUUCUGCAAUUUUCCCCGACAGCAGCUGGUUAUGAAAUCCUUCGAUACGAGAAAUGCCGAAGAAAUGACCAUCCCAAGGCUGGAAAAAUUCAUCGAUGAUAACCACGAGGACGAGUUCUUUGUCUACUACGGCAUGCGAUCUGGACACGGACCAUUCAACACCCCUUUGCGCUUCCGAAACUUGACGGAGGUCGGAAAUUUGGGAGAAAUGAUCAUGGAGACGGACGAAAUCAUCGGAAAAAUUCUCAACAGACUCGAUGCACAUGGAAUCGGUGAUGAUACUCUAGUCAUGUUCAUGAGCGACAACGGACCAGCAGUUUCCGCGCAAGAAAUUCAAGCCACCUUUGGUCACAAUCAGCGACGAAUUGACCUGCCCAACUAUUGGGACGGUGGUAUCCGAACAGUUGAGCUCUCUGGAACCAAAAAUAGCCAAGGAGAAGCUGGCCACCGCACGCCGUUCUUGUGGCGAUACCCGAGACGUUUUUCACCAAAGACUCUCGAUGACCCAAAAGUUCCAGUGUCGACAGUUGACAUUUACGCUACCCUUGCAGAACUGAUCGAUUACGAUUUAGGAAAGUGUUUUACUUAG